AUUUCGCUGUCUUUCAUUGCAGACCAUCAAGCCUUCACCGAGACGCGGUAACAGCAUCGUUUGCUGUUAUUCAGCUCUCGCAUCUCAAUGACACUAUCCAGUGUUAACUCUCGCUUUUUUUCAUAAGAGAUUAUUUUCAUAGACUUUGCAUUGUGGUUUUGUUUUGUCUACAGAACUUUGUACAUUUUAUUUUCUUGCCACCAUGGUGCUAGGAAAGGUGAAGAGCUUCAUUGUAAGCUACGACUGUCUAAAUGACAGCAAUGUCCCUGUUUUCUCCAGCGGGGACUCCGUCUCAGGAAGAGUUAUUAUUGAAGUCACCGGGGAGAUUCGUGUGAAGUCACUUAAAAUACAUGCAAAAGGAUUCGCAAAAGUUCGUUGGACAGAAUCACGAAAUGCUGGAUCCAACACUGCCUACACUCAAAAUUACACAGAAGAAGUGGAAUAUCUGAAUCAUAGAGACACCCUUAUUGGCCAUGAGAGAGAUGAUGAUAACUCAGAGGAGGGACUCACCACUAUUCAUUCAGGAAGACAUGAGUAUGCAUUCAGCUUUGAGCUUCCACAAACACCUCUGGCUACCUCGUUCGAAGGAAAGCAUGGCAGUGUGCGCUAUUGGGUGAAGGCUGAGCUGCACAGGCCGUGGCUUCUGCCCAUGAAGACCAAGAAAGAGUUCACUGUCUUUGAACACAUUGACAUCAACACUCCUCUUCUGCUGUCUCCCCAGGCAGGAACUAAAGAAAAGACGCUAUGCUGCUGGUUUUGCACCUCAGGUCCAAUCUCCUUAAGUGCCAAAAUUGAACGGAAGGGUUAUACUCCAGGGGAGUCCAUUCAAAUCUUUGCUGAAAUUGAAAACUGCUCCUCGCGUAUGGUUGUGCCAAAGGCUGCCAUUUACCAAACACAGACCUUCUUUGCCAAAGGGAAGAUGAAGGAGAUCAAGCAGUUGGUGGCCAACAUCCGAGGCGAGUCGCUUUCUUCUGGCAAGACGGAGACAUGGAAUGGAAAGAUGCUGAAGAUUCCCCCUGUAUCUCCCUCCAUCCUUGACUGCAGUAUCAUUAGAGUGGAAUACUCACUCAUGGUGUAUGUAGACAUCCCAGGAGCCAUGAACCUGUCUUUAAACCUGCCCCUGGUGAUUGGCACCAUCCCUCUCCACCCCUUCGGUAGCCGUACAUCUUCUGUGAGCAGCCAAUGCAGCAUGACCAUGAGCUGGUUAGGCUUGGCCCUCCCUGAGAGGCCUGAAGCUCCUCCAGCCUAUGCAGAGGUGGUCACAGAAGAUCAGAGGCAGAGCUGUCUGGAAGUGUCGUCAGGGCGGGAGAACUUUGAUGGCCCGCUAUUCGCUUAUAUCCAAGAGUUCCGCUUCCGACCCCCUCCACCCUACUCCGAGAUUGAUCCACAUCCAGAUCAAGCCACAUCAACUGCAGAACACAGACUCGACACCUGCCCGUCACGCUGAGAAAUGCAUGGCAUGAGUCCAAAGCGAUGGGCUUUAGGAGCUUUCACUUUUGUUUAUCUCCCGAUGACAGUGAUUGGUCACUUUGCUGUCACCACCGAGAGAAAACAAUCCUCUAUGGGAAAACCCAGAAGUAAGGGCGCAGAGAGUCACUUUCAGUUCUUUUGAGGUCUGUAGUGUUCAUUGAUUGUGUUUCCUCAGUCGAUAAUCUGCUCUUGGUAACAUGCUGUCUUGACGCUCUUGCGACAUUGCCUCGCCAACUCGUAACCCGAGUGUGGCUUUUGUUUGAUUUUCUCCUGUUCACAUGGACUUCAUUUUCAGUUCUAAAUGUAGAAUGCCUUUAAGCCAAACGUGGUUUGCUUGGUGUUAAAUUUGUUGCACAUGUUGUUUGAUCAAGGAGCAACAGUCCAGCUCAUGCCACUCAUGUGCGUGAUGGGAGCAGAGAGAUAAAACAGGGUGGGGUCCGGGCAGGCAGCCUGAAGAGUUUGUUGCCUUUCUGUUUGUAGUGUGUAGCAGUGCAGGCUUCAAGAUUGCACUGCUUGAAAAAAGCACUCAAGUCUCAGGUGAUCUUCUCACUUGCCAAAUGAUGAAAACAAAAAUGGUGUAGAUUAUGUUUUGAUUGCACUGUUUCAGUUCAAGGUAGGAGACUAUAGAAGGAAUUUCAGAUUCAAUUUUGAAAAACAGAUUCAAUAAAGAGAGGAGAUAUGCGCAAAGAUGCAAGGCAGCUUUCAAAGACUUAUGACAUUCCCUUUUUGUCCUGCUGCACCAGCAGCCACAAUGUUUCUUCAGAUCGGUGAAGCCAGAUGUGACCCAAAGGAUGGCACAAAUGCUUGAAAAGCCAAGCUGGGUAGCAAAACAUCCAGAGACAUCCGAAUCCAGUUGAAAUGAGUUGUACAUUUGUUUUUAAAACUCAUUCAACUACAGAAGUAGUUUAGGCUCUGAUCAUGCUUGGCCUUCAUUAAGCACUUUUUUUACUGAAAUAAAACUGCUCAUGUCUGGUUGAGGUCUGGAGAAACAAUUUAAACAAUUACCAAUGUAGAUAGUUAAAGUAGUGUUUGAAUUUGUAGAAUUACUCAUGUCUGCAUACACAGCGUGUUUGUUAUAUGUUCAUCUGUAAUGUUAGGGGGUUUAUGAUUCGACAGCAAAGUGGUCUUAACAUAGUGGCCUUGAUGAACUGAUCUUAACAUGCUUUAUCAUUUAUGCUAUCCUCAAUAAUCAUCAUCCUGUUUUCUUUCAGUCCUAGAGAUUACUGUUUAGUUUAAAAGGACAAAAAG